CUCCGCGCCCGCAGCGCCCCCGGGCCGCCGCCUCAGCGGCCGCGAACCGCCUGGGCCGCCCCCGCGCCGCUCGGCUCCCCCAUGCCGCCCGCGUCCCCCCUCGCCGCCGCCGCCGCGCUCCCCUCACGAGGCGGGAAGCCGCCCCGCACCCGCAGCCCUUCUCCUCCCGGCCCCUCGCAUCCACUCCCAGCUCCGCUCCGCCGCCGAGGUGGGCGAGGGCGGCCCUUCCUCCUUGCGGCCCUUCCUCCGCCUCCCUCGCCCCUGCCGCAACCGCCGGCGGGGAGACGAGGAGGAUGCCAAGCCGCCUUCAGGCGGUGGCCAUCCCUGGACCCGCACUUCAAAGCCGGCCCCGGGCCCGGCCCGCCCCCGGGGCAGGCGAUGCCCAAUGGCGGAGCGCGGCGCCUCCUCCGCCCGCAGCGCCCGCCCGCGCCCGGCGCCCCGCGGCUUGGGGGGCCUCUGGGCCGGUGGCCGCCUGGCACUCCACGUCCCCUGGUGGAAGCGGCGGAGAGCCCGAGGACGGUAUCAUUAGCGGGAGAGAAACGGACUCCUGAGACAAGCUCUGUGCACAUAGGGACGGUCCCAUCACCUUCCGCUUUGCCCGCAGGCACCCUGCUGACCUCAGGUCAGCUGUACCGUGAGGCCCGCAGGCGCGGCCCUGGAGAAGGCGACCUCCACACAAAGCAGGGUCUGACACCGUGAUGCCCACGGACUGCGAUUUGUGAUAGCCCCAGCAGCUCCCGGGGCAGAGUCACACACCCCACUUCGGGACUUCUAGAAGUCUACUGAGUAGGGCUACUCAGAAUGCAUCGCCUAGGGUGCCCCGUGCCCUCCUCACACAGAGUGUGCGCAGACCAGUGCCUGCCAAACCCCUUCAAAGCAUUUCAGACAAGUGCGGCCCAUCUGUGCUAAUUAUACACUCAUGAUACUCCAGGUCAUAUACUAUGUAAAUAAUGUUAUUAACAGCUAAAUAACUAAAGCAUUUGAUGCAUUAUGUUGAGCGGUUUAAUUAAAGAUUUAUUAGCAGUUUCCCUUCUUAAAGUAGAUUUCAUCAUAUGAACUCCAGAAAGUUUCCUGAUUGCAUUACCAGAAGUUUUCAGGUUUUUACAGUGGUCAGAGUUGAUGGUGAUACAGUUGAUACAGUAUGGAGUUGAUAAUUUGUCUGGGUUCCAGGAAAUCCAGAGGAAUCACCCCUUUCCUAUCCUAAAAGUAAUUUUAUGAAAAGUGGCCAGAUUUUGCCGUCACAUUUUGCUGAUGCCCAGUGAUUUAGACCAUGUCUGGCAUUCAAAUCUAAACCCUUUCUGUAUAAACCCUUUCAGAAACCACUGAACACUAUAUUUAACAAAAAGAGAAGGCGCCACAGAUAUUAUGCAAAGGCUUGAUUUGCAGUUGCAAGGCAGAUUAGCUGUGCAGAGAAACAGAGAAAAAUAGUGUUUUUUAGCCACUUGGAUAACAUUCAUGUUACCUGCAUGGCUUUGGGCCAUAAGCUGCGGUCAUUCAACCUGACCUCUGUCCAUAUGGAAUCGGUUUGAGUCUUGCGAUGAGUAAAUAUAACCCUGUGUAUCAAAGGAAGGGGCGUAUUUUUAUUAAGAAGUAACAUAAUUCCAUCAGAAAAUCCACAGUGCAUAGAAAUAGUAUGUUUGCUGUGACAUUAAGAGGUAUAAUGAUGGAGACAGGCAUGAGGAUGAAAUAAAGUUGGAGAAUUAUGGAAGCUUUUUUAAGGAACAGUUGCAGAAAUAUAUAAUUAAAGAGUGAGAUGAAAAGGUAGCAUUGGUUUUAGAAUAAUUGGUGAUAGCUCCAUUGGAUCUGCUGUCCACAAAAGAGAAAGGACUGAUGGAUUGGAGCAUGGCAGUGUAGGCUGACUUGGAAAUUAGCUUUGAGCAGAAGCUUGGGCUAGGUGACCUUCAGAGAUACCUUCCCUGGCCAGACUAUUCCAUGAUUCUCUUAAACAAAUUAGAAAGGAUCCUGGAGAAAGCUUUAGAGACCAAAUGGAGAGGAAAAUCAGAAUCAUUAGACCUACUAAAAGAACGGAGAUAUAGGGGGAAAAACAUCAGGAGAAAAGCUACAAGGGAAUUGAAGAGGAAGAAAGGAGAGUCAACUGAAACAUUUGACAAGUUCUAUCAAGGCUUGAAGUUAUAGACGGGUGAAGCUCCAGCUAAGGCUGUGGGACUGUGCUGGUUUACAUCUGCAAAUACAGUCCUCAGAAAUGUAAUGUAUUCUGACUUAAUUAAAUCUGCGCUGACAUUAAA